GCUUCCUCUUCCUCUAAGCGGCUGUAGCGGGGGGACUUCCCUGCUGUAGGGAACGUGGGCUCUGGGUGGCAGUGCUCGCGCCCCGCGGAGCUGAGUCGCCCGCCGUUUUGGUCAAGCUAAAAGAAAGCCACGACUCACGGCCCUCGUGCGCAAAGAAUUUUUGAAGGAAAAAAUACGUCCCAUUUCUACAGAGGUACAGACAUCACCUCUUUAACAACGCCAAUUGUCGCCAUAGACGAUCUCAAACUAUUCAACUCAACUUGUCGGCAUACACACUGCCAACCUGCGACUGGCUCUUCUCGCCAUGGCGUGCUUCCUGGUGUCACCAUGUGGUCCGAAUUGAAUCCUGAGCUCUUGCUGCAAAUAGCCGAAUGCCUACAAAAUGAUAGCGAUAUAUAUGCUUUUUCCAGAACCAACAGGAGCUUCUUUAGCAGUCUCAGACAUUUUCUGUAUCAACACAACGCACGGUAUUCAGCUUCGUCCGCCUUGCUCUGGGCUGCAAAACAUGGUCAGCUGGAUACUGCAAAGGCAUCUCUAGAUGCCGGAGGUGAUUUAGAGACUCGAAAUCAAGACUCCGAUUCCCCACUCUUGAUUGCUGUCCAGAGUAACCAGAUUGACAUUGUUCGUCUCUUUCUAGAAACGGGUGGUGUCAAUGCCGAUGUCAAGAAUGUUUUUGGACAAACUCCGCUGAUUCGUGCAGCUGCCGCUGGAAAUAGGACCAUGACACAGUUGCUAAUACAAUCUGGCAAGGUGGAUGUCAAUAUACAGGAUGUCGAAGGCUAUUCUGCCCUAGCCUUUGUAUCUCUUUUUGGAGAUGAUGGUAUCGCCGAUAUUCUUGUUGAGCACCAGCAGACUGCCGUUGAUGUUCUUGGCCCUUCGAUGCGUACUCCCCUGUCUAUUGCUUGCGAACGUGGACAGAUAGGCGUCGUCUCUAAUAUUCUAUCCUCAAAGAGAGCUGAUUUAAACGCCCGAGAUGCCGAUAAUCGAACGCCAUUGAUGGAUGCAGCCGAGUUUGGAAGUUACGAUAUUGUCAGUCUGCUGCUGAGUAUAGACGAGAUCCGCACCGAUUUAGAAGACGACGAGAAUGAGACAGCCUUUUGGAAAGCUUGCAGAGCUGGACAUAUGGAUGUCGCCAACUUGUUUAUGGAUUCACCCAAAUUUGACCCAGAUGCAGCCGAUACUAAUGGUAUGACCACACUGGCAUUGGCAGCAGCUGCUGGUGACGAUGCCAUGGUUAACAUCCUGAUAUCCUCAAGCCGGGUGAAUCCUAAUUCGAGAAAUUACUGCGGUCAAACUCCUCUUAUGGCAGCUAUUCAGUCAAGGCGUCUCGAGACCGUCAAACUUCUCGUUGAAUCUCAGCGAGUUUCUCUCGACCUUCAAGGAGAUGGUGGCGAGACAGCGUUUCUGCUGGCCUGUCAUGAAGGGGUUGUUGAUGUCGCCGAAUAUUUAUUACAACUGGAUGGAACAGGCUGUAGGCGAAAGCUCAGGAAUGGUGCAGGUGCUCUAAGUCUUGCUGCAGCUAGCGGCUGCGUCGAACUUGUACAGCUUAUGUUAUCCCUCGGUGUAACAGUGGAUGAACGCGAUGAUGAGGGAAUGACAGCGCUUAGCAGAGCUGCAGCAAAUGGCCACCUAGAUUCGGUGAGGGCGCUGUUAAUUACUGGUGGCGCCGAUCCGAAUGCAAUGAAUGCUGCGGGGCGCAGUCCAUUGAUGCUCUCUGCUCAAAACGGCAAAGUUGAAGUCGUCAAGUUUUUGCUGUCGCUUCCACAAGUUGAAGAAAGGGCUUUUGGUCCUGGGGCGCGGACUGCUAUGCAUUUUGCUUCUGAGCAUGCUGGUGAAUGCGGAACUGUGUGUAUGAAGCAAGUUGAAAUAUUGAAAUUGUUAGCCGGAGCCGGCCUCCCGUUUGAUAUCAGAGAUGCUACGGGCCGAACUCCUCUCCACUGGGCAGCAUUUCGAGGAUGUAUUGAUACCGUUGUCUAUCUUGUGUACAAGCCAGGCACGGUGGAUGUAGAGGAUCAUAAUGGACGCACACCAUUGUUUUACGCCUCUAUGCAAGGAAAUACCUACAUAACAUCCAUGUUGGCUAGACAUUCGUCCUAUGGAACAAAGAGAGAUAUAUUUGGCAACAUGCCAGUGUUUGUGGCGUUGCGCAACGGGCAUGAACAAGCACUUGAGGAGCUCUUCAAAGUUGACCCAAGCCUCGUCUUUUCAACAGACAAAGACGGGCGAUCUUUGCACUACUGGGCGGCACGAGAAAAGAAUAGCAGGCUGAUGGAGAUGAUCCAGAAUCGAGCUCAACGAGCAACAGGCACGAGGCUGCGUGAUGCCGCUUUACAACAUCCACCGCAGGUCCAGAGCGGAUCACCACCAGCUAGCCCUGAGCCCUGUAUGGCUGGCUGCUGCUGGUGUUACAUAUGCUGCCGAGGAAUCAACCACGAAUUGAGAAAUUAUAGCUGUGAAAGUUGCGAUGGUGGUGGAUUCACAAUAUGCGCACAGUGCCACACUGCUGGAGCGGGAUGCCGAGAUAAUGGACAUUCAACCAGGGAUCACCAAUGUUUGCCUUGAACAAAAUUCACGAACGAACACCUGGAGUGAAUCACAAGAGUGGGUGACCAAAGCGGGCUCAGGCAACCGGAUGACUGCGGGCGAAGACCGCCUCUUUACCGACCAACAAGGUCCUUUGACGUGUUUGAGCAUCUUGACCGCCUUGGUGUGCUUGCAUAAAGCGCUGCGCCCGGAUGCAGGAAUGCCCUUGCUGAGGGCAAUUGAAUUUGUAUUUUGUAUUAUUAGCAUAAAGGUAUCAUGUUAACCUGGGCCUUGGGAGUUUGAGGUUUGCUUCGUGUUAACGGGCAUAUGAGAAAAUGAACACUUUCUACAUAUUACAUCUACAAAGCACAGAGUCUCAGUGAGAUAACGUCACUGUAUGAGAAACACAGCUCGGCAAAGGAAAAAUAAAUGGAGAGCCGUGUGCACUGUGUUAGGCGGGCUGGGCUGUAAAAUGAUCGCCCUAGCAGCG